UGGUUCAAUUGUAGGCAAAAAGAACCAUGUCAUGCGAAAUUCCUCCAUUGACCUCCACCGACCCUGCAGGGCCCGGCUGGCUGAGUUACUGCUCCUUAACCGGAUGUGUCUUGCUGUUAAUAACUUUGAUUCUUGUUACUCUCAUUUCCCGGAGAAGUGUCCAUAUCUUGAACAAUUUUGCACACCGGAUCGAAUGGGAGUAUGACACGUGGGAAAGAAGUGUGACGUUUGACACCUUGCGGAGCGCCGGAUUUGACGAGGAGGUCACCUUUCUUCAAAGCGAGGUCAUCGGGCCCUUCAUUAAUCGUGACAUUUACGCCAUCACGGGGACAAAACGUGUCCAUGGGCUUUUGUUCCAUGGAGAUUUGGCGAAUGCGAUACGUUUCGCGACCGCGAUUUGGAACGAGAUGCGCCUUCAGGGUGAAAGUGGGGAGGUGACGAUUUUUCGGAAAACGAAGUGCACCCUGGACCCUAGCGGGGAAGCUGAGACAAAUUAUUUGGACUGGUUGUUCAAAGUGGGGGUAGAAAAUCAGCCCGCCAUCAUUUAUCUGAAUAAGGUCAACACCCUGCUUGAUGGGUGGAGUGGGUACACAAUUUCGAAACAUUUGCACCAAUCCAUGGAAAAGGUGAGAUUUGACGGAGUCCUUGUGAUCGCGAGUGUGCCCCACUUGGAGGACAAAUACAAUUACACGGAAAGGGCCGGAUUUUCGAACGUGCUUCACAUCCCGAAAUUACUUUCACUUCCGGAGAGAAGGGAAGUUUUGGCGGGAUGUGUCUCCACCUGGAUCCGAAAACCGAAGCCGGAUAUUUUGGACGUUAUGGCCAACAAGACGGGGGUAUUUCUCCGGGGAAAGUUUGACAUUGAGGAGAAAAUUGGGAACGUUUGCCAGUUCGCGUAUAAAAAUGGGGUGGAGGAGUGGAAGAAAAAGAGGGGGGUUACAGGGGAUGGAUUAAAAAUAAGGAUGGAAGAGGUUAAUCCGUCUCUUCAAAAUUGGGAGGAUGCUUUAGCCACAAUUUUGAAAAAUGAUGAAAAUCAAAAAAUAGAAUGAUAAAAAUUUUAAAAAGUCAGUAAAAAUGAAUACAAAAUAAAUGCCCCGAAGAAGGGUUCGAACCCACAAGGCUCAAAAAUAAUUUAUUCUCAUCCCCUUGCAUGGGAAAACUGAUCUUUGACUAAAUGAGCUGGCUUGUGAGUUCACCUCAACUUGUUUUGUUCGUGAGCUCAACUCACCUCAACUCAUUUAAGGCAAGCUCAGCUCACCUCAUUACUCAGCUAACGUGAGUUGAGGUGAGUUUAGCUCACC